AUGACACCCAAGAUCAUAUUCUUCGCGGCAGUCUCGGCUGCAAUACUGGCUGUUAUCCUUCUUGCUGUGGUCUCGCCUCUCCCCAGAAAAUCACAGGGAACUCAGUCAAGAUCUUGGACGGCUCUCUCCCUCUACAUGCAGCCUCCCCGCCUUCAAAAUCUGACGGAAGCAACCGUGCAUGCUAACAGCGCAUUCAUCUUCCAGCACAAGCUCACGGAGGGACCAAAGAACACCUCCCGAGUUAUCGGAAAAGCACGAGGCUUCAUAGUUCCGAUCGAGCACUUGGCGCUUUCCGCAUUCAACACCAUAUAUCUCACCUUUGACACGCCGGAGUACUCUGGUAGCCUCAGUGUGGAGGUCAAGCAGGUGGGACAUGGGACCAGAGAGGAGCUUACCGUGGUCGGCGGGACAGGGUCCUUUGCCUUUGCGAGGGGACUCGCAGUUUUGGCAGCUGAGAGACCGUCCCAGGCUGAAGCCGCUUAUCACCUCACCUUGAGGCUGAGAUUCCCCGGAGAGUCUGGCGCUAUACCAGGAUGA